AUGUUGAAAGCUUUGGAAGCUGUAAAGUCUGGAACAUCUAUUAAUGCAGCCAGCAGACUUUAUAACAUUCCUCGGUCGUCAAUUCAUAGUAAAGUCAUCAAUAAAUACAGCAGAGAUAAGCCUGGUCCAAGUAGUGUGUUGAGUGACUUAGAAGAAAGUGAUUUAGUAAAAUGGAUUUUGUUUAUGUCUUCUCGUGGCUGUCCAGUGACAAAGGACCAUUUAAUAAAUAGUGUGGCAAUGAUCGUAAAAAAACUGAAUAAGCCGAAUCCAUUUGUAGACGAUCGUCCAGGACGGCAUUGGUAUGCUGCUUUUUUAAAAAGACAUCCCGAAUUAUCGAAGAGAAUGUGUGAAAAUGUUACGCUCUCUCGAGCGUUAGUUUCAGAAACUUCUGUGAAAAAAUGGUUUCAAAAUAUAGAUGACUAUUUAAAAAAAGAACAGUUACAAAAUAUUGAUCCCUCAAGAAUAUUCAAUACGGACNAAACAGCUUUAAUGCUGAAUCGUAAAGGAAGUGCUGUUUUGGCAGAAAAAGGAUCCAAAAAUAUUUACAACAUUGUGAAUAAUAAUGAAAAAGAAAAUGUAACCGUGCUUGUUACUGCUAAUGCAGCUGGGCAAUUAGCACCAACCAUGGUUGUGUUUGCAUAUAAACGUGUGCCUUCUUCCAUUUACGUUACAAUGCCAGAAGAAUUUUGUGCUGGACAUUCUGAUAAAAGUUGGAUGACGGCAACACUGUUUUUUGAGUAUAUUGCUAAUAAGUUUUAUCCUUGGCUCAUAAAAAGUGGCAUUACACUGCCAGUUAUUCUUUAUUUGGAUGGACACGUAUCUCAUUUGACACAACCGUUGAGUGAAUUUUGUCACUUGCAUCAAAUAAAUUUGAUUGCCUUACCACCAAAUACCACACACUUCUUGCAGCCCAUNGAUGUUAGCUUUUUUUCCCCGCUCAAAAGUUAUUGGAAAAAAAUGGUCAACUUAUACAGAAUUGAUAAAGAAAUUUUAAGUGUGAAAAAGGAAGACUUUUUAUCUUUGCUCAAAAAAGUGUUUGAUGGCAUGAAUUUGCAAAAGAUUCUUUCAAAUGGAUUUAAAAUCUGUGGUCUUUAUCCGUUCAAUGUAGGAGCUGUAGACUUUUCGAAAGUAUUUAUAAGACAACAAAAUAUGUCUACAGAAAAUGAGCAGGCAGCUACUGAUAUUGAAAUAAACUCAAGUGCCUCUUUUCUUAAAAAUUUUGACAAGUAUAUUGAUACAAAUACGUUGGAAGCAUUUAGAUCUAAUAUAUCUAAUGAAUGGACNGGUGCAACUGAAGAUAAAAAUCUUUUUUUUGUUUGGAAGAAGAUACAAACAGAUUCUCGUAAAAACCAGAUUAAUACUUUUGAAUUUUUAGAUGUAAGUCAAGCUAGCUCACCAAUCGAAAUAAUGUCUGAAAUACCACAUGAAAUCAAAGAAAAUAAAAUUAUUGAGAUGGCACAAGAAAGAAGUUUGCAACCAGUAAAUUAAAAAUUACUUCUAUCUAAUUACAAAACACUUCUAAUCUAUUGUAAUAUUAAGUUACCUUAAGUUUUAAUCAAGAUAAAUUAAAUAGAUAUGUAUAAAAUAUUUA